AAUAUAUAUAUACAUAUCAGAAACAGGGGCGAGGAAGAAGGCCUCGCGGAGAGAAGCCUCUCGGGAAGAAAUCUUCCCGAGAUAUGAUUGGCCGAGGGGCCUCGCGCCUUUUGAAGAGAACACCAGCGGAGAGAGAUGCUCCAUUGCGGAGAGACCAGCACUGCUGAAAGCCGCCAUGCUUGCCAAGAGAGCUGCUGCUCUCCAAGAGAUGUGGGUCCUCCCCUAAAGGACCUGCGUUGCUGCUUCCUUGCCGAGGGAGACUGCCGCUGUGAGAGAGUUGCAGCGGCGAGGAUCCUUCCGAAAAGCGGUCGCCGAGAGGCUUGCAGUGGCGGGAAAACCUCUCCGAGAGGAUUCAAGCCUCUUGGAAAGAGGCUGCCGAGAGAAGCAGGUUACUUUCCGAGAGGGGGCCGGUUCCGUGUUGAGAGAGAGAAGAAUCCUCUUCGAGAGAGAAAAUCUCUCUCAGAGAGACCUUAGCAGAGAACUCCAGCCGCUUGCCAAAGGAAGAAGAAGCCCCCCCCGCUAUCCAUUUUGACUUUCUCUUUUAUAGGGGAAGACUUCCUAACUUUGCCUCGACUCUUUUGCCCCCCAAACUUUGCUUAAUGACACUUUGGCCACUACUAGUGAUUCUCUUGCCAUCUGUCCGUUAUUUCUUCUUGGGAAACGUGUCCCAGCUCGGGACCACUUUUGGGGCUCGCCCACCUGCCCACCUUGGGCUUAUUGACCAAAAUACCCUAGGCGUCUAAUGACCAAAAUAUCCCUAGGUGGACGCUCGGGAAUUCUAUGGAACAACAAGAACCAUCUUAGCGAUUUCAAAUGAAUUGUCCAAGGCAUUACAAAGGAAAGAUCAAGAUAUUGUAAAUGCCAAUACUUUUGUGAAAAUAUGCAAACAAAGACUCCAAGUGAUGAGGGACAAUGCGCGGGAUUUGUUUUUGAAAGAAGUUGUUUCUUUUUAUGAAAAGCAGAAUAUUGAUGUUCCCAACAUGGAUGGUGUUUUUAUACGUUGAGGUCGCUUACAGCGUAAUACUAAAGAAAUGACAAAUUUACAUCACUUUCUUGUGGACUUGUUCUAUGUAGGGUUGGCAAUGGUUCGGUUUGGUUUCGGUUUUUGCCAAAACCAUAACCAAACCAAACUUAAACUGCUAAAACCAAAACCAAACCAUUACCCAUUUGGUUUUGAAAAUUAAAAACCAUAACCAAACCAUUCGGUUUCGGUUUUAACCAUGGUUUUUUUAGUUUAAUCCAUACCAACAAACAAAGACAAAUAGCAUUCAUAAAUUUUUUUGAUAAUUUCACAACAAACAAAGAUAAAUUGUAAUAAAGCUACCUUAUUCUUGCAUAAAGUUACAAAAUUUCUUGGAUAUAAAAUCACAUCUCCAAACCUACAAUCGUUAAAAUCAAUAAAUUAAUAUCUGCAUAAUUAAAUUGUAAUUUAAGCUAAAAAAAUUUAGCUACGAAAGUUAAUACCUUCAUCAACAACAUUAAUAUCUUUUUCGUAAAUUGAUGUAUAUCCAUCUGAAAUAAAUGAGCCAACUCCAUCUAACAAAAAUAUAAAUAUAAAAAAUAAAUUAAUAUAAAAAUGUUAAAGUCUUAACAAUAAAAAGAUAACUAGUAAAUGAAAUAAAUUCACCUUUUUCCACUUCAUUUGACAACCAACUUUGGGCACAUAUCAAUGCAUCUAUUGUCUUUGGAUGAAGUCGAUUAUGAUGAGGACUCACCAGUCUCUCACUAGAAUUGAAUGCCGACUCCGAAGCAACAGUAGAUACAGGAAUGGCUAAUAUAUCUCUUGCAAUAGUUUGCAAGGUAGGAUACUUCAUCCCAUUCACUUUCUACCAAAGUAAAAUAUCAAACUGACCAUUAUCAAUUAUAAUAUCUUCAUCCAAGUAAAGGUCCAAUUCAAUACUAAAACUAGUAACUUUAGUAGUUUUCUUCUUUUUCAGAAAAGAUUGAUAUUCAUCAUCAAAAGAAAUGAAAUUCUCUUUUGGAGUGACACUGACAUUCCCAUCCAAUGUACACUCUUAGUUAUUCACAUCAUUCACUUUGUUCUUUUUAAUGUAAUAUUCCUCCAUCAAAUCAUAACAAAGGUACUUGAUGCUACUAAUUUGUUCAUCAUAGUCAUAAGGAUAGGCCUUAGGAGAGUAAAAGUCAAGAAAAGUCAUCUUAUACCUAGGAUCUAACACUGCAGCAAUACCCAUCAACUUAUGAAUCACAUUCUAAUAUGCAUCAAACUUAUCUGACAUGCUUUUUGCCAUUGUACUAAUCACUUCAUUAGGAGACUUGACCCACUCAUUCAAUGUCAACUUAACCUUACAAAUUAUUGGAAAGUACAUAUUAGCAGUUGGAUAUUUUGUCCCAGAAAACAACUCAGUUACAUUAUAAAACAACUCUAAUCUAUCACAAACAUCCUUUGUAGUUUCCCAAUCCCUAUCACUUGGCACAUUCUUAUACUGUGAUUCAAACAAUUUAAGUCGAGGAAAUAUAGACUUAUAAACCAAAGCAAUUUUAAGCAUCAAAUAAGUAGAGUUCCAUCUAGUAGGACAAUCCAAACCCAACCUUUUAGCAUAAGGCACUUUCAUUUGUCGACAAACGUCCUCAAACUUUUCUAUUCUUUUUGGAGAUGCUGUCCAAAAAACUACACUUUCCCUCACAUUAUCAAUGGCAUGCUUAAUCACAUCUAAACCAGUCUUAACAAUAAGAUUUAAGAUAUGGGCAGAACAACGCAUAUGCAAUAAAGAUCCACCAUUCAAAAGACAUCCAACAUUCAAUUUUGCUUUAACCUUACCAAUCAUACUAUCAUUGGUAGAGCAAUUAUCCACUGUAAUUGUGGAUAAUCUUGAGUCCACAUUCCACCCAAGCAUAGCAUCAAUUAACACAUUGGUCAACACAUCACUUGUAUGAGGGCAAGGGACAUAGAUAAACCUAAAUAACAUACAAUUAUAAAUUAUUAGUAAACUUAAAGUUUAAAACUACAAUUAUCAAAUUUAACAACAAUAAAACAAUAUACUAAGUUAAAAAAUACUUGUCAUACCUCAAAAUUUUGCUAUGCAAUGUCCAAGACUUAUCAAUGAAAUGUCUUGUAACAGCCAUAAAACCCCUUAUUUGAUUACUAGAAGUCCACAUAUCCGUUGUAAUAGCCACCCUACUGUCAAUGUUUUCAAUCAAACUCAUCACUUUAUCCCUUUCUUCACUAUAAAUCCUCAUGAUAUCAUUCUUCAAAGUAUUACGAGAAGGACACUUGAAAAGAGGUUGAAUGGUACUUGUGAAAUCUUUGAAUCCACUAUGCUCCACCAUCGAAAGAGGAUAAUCAUGCAUAAUGAUCAUCUUUCCUAAUCCACUAUGCUCCACCAUUUGUUGAUUUACCCGCAAGUAAUUUCUUACAAUAGUUGCAUUGAGACUUAAUUUCUUUAUUAAUGACCACUCUUUGAAAAUGUUUCCAUACAUCACUUCUAGUCCUAACACCAAUUUCUUUAUCAGAAACAUUUACCUCUUGAGAACUCUCCACCGGUAUUGAUUGAUGAGUUUGUUCACCGGACGAAGAUCUGCCCACAAAACAUUGUUGUGUGCUGCCACUUUGCGAGCAUGCCAUAUUCUGUAAAAACUUGCACAAAAAAUACUACAACCUCAACAACAAAUCAAGCAUAAAUAAGUAAAAAAAAUAUGACCGAAAAAUAAAAAAAAACCAUACCAGUUAUACGAGAGCCGAGAGGUAGAGGGCGAGAGUCGAGAGGCAGCGAGGGCCGACGAGAGUGAGAGGGGUCAAGCGAGAGCAAGAGUCGAGAGGCAGCAAGGGCCGGAGGGUAAGCGAGGGUGAGCGAGAGCAAGAGAGGCAGAGAGCGAGGGCGAGUGAGAGCAAGAAGGGCCGAGCCCUAGCACGAGUCAAUAGGCAGUGAGGGCCGGCGAGAGCAAGAGGGGUCUAGUGAGAGCAAAGGCAACGAGGGUCGGAAGGCAAGUGAGGAUGAGCGAGAGGGAGAGAGGGAGAGAGGGCGAGCGCGAGCAAAAGGGGCCGAGCCCUAGCGAGAGAAAGAGAGAGCCAGCGAGGGCGAGCGAGAGCAAGACUGCAAGAGCAGCGAGUAAGGGUAAGCACGAUCGGACGAGCAAGAGGGAGGAAGCAGAGAGCGAGAGGCAGCGAGGGUGAGAAAGAGCGAGAGCGAGGUCGAGAGAGGAAGAAGAAGAGAAGGGUUUGCGGGCUGGGUUGGGGUGGGUUCGCUGGUUUGUGGGCUGGGCUGGGUUUCCCACCGCCCUCUAAUAUUAUAUAUAUAUAUAUUAUAUAUUCGGUUCGGUUUGGUUCGGUUACCCACACAACGGUUCGGUUUCGGUUCGGGUUUUGGUUUGAUUUUAGUGAAAACCAUAACCAAACCAUACCCAUUGAAAUAGUGCUCGAUUUUUCCCCAAACCAAACCAUUACCCAGUCAAACUAUUUUUAACCGCGUUGACCGGUUUGGUUUCGGAUCGGUUCCCCACAGUUUCGGUUGUAAUUGCCAUCUCUAGUUCUAUGCUAUCAUUGAUAUGCAACUUCAAGAAUUGAAUGACUGUUUUUCUGAGGUACUCAUCAUGGAUAAAGUUACUGUGAAAGUCAUGUCUUCCUCUUGCAAGAUGGCAGAUAUUACAGAUGAAGGAGUUUCAUUGGUGGAAGACCUUUACAGGAGAAGGCAACCUUUGCCUUCUAUGGAUGCUAUAUAUUUCAUUCAACCUUCUAAAGAGAAUGUUGUUAUGUUUUUGUCUGACAUGUCAGGAAGAGAACCUUUAUACAAGACGGCAUUUGUAUAUUUCUGUUCUCCAAUUCCAAAGGAUUUGGUUGCUCGAAUCAAGAAUGAUACAAGUGUGUUACCCCGUAUAGGUGCACUGAGAGAGAUGAAUCUGGAGUACUUUUCCAUAGACACCCAGGGUUAUGUCACUGAUCAAGAUCAAGCUUUAGAGGAGCUCUAUGGUGAAUAUGUUGAACGCAAAUUUAAUGCUUGCUUGAACACAAUGGCAACGCGAAUUGCUACUGUUUUUGCUUCCUUGAAGGAACUCCCUAUUGUGCGGUAUCGCGCUGCCAAAGGGCUCGAUUCAUCAGACCUGACAAUAGCCCAUGAAUUAGUUCCUACUAAGCUUGCAGCUGCUGUUUGGAACUCUAUUUCAACAUAUAAAUCCAGUAUUCCCAAUUUUCCCCAGACUGAAACAUGCACUUUACUCAUCAUAGACAGAUCAGUUGAUCAGAUUGCUCCUGUCAUCCAUGAAUGGACUUAUGAUGCCAUGUGCCAUGAUCUACUAGACAUGGAUGGAAAUAAAUAUGUGCAUGAGAUUCCUAGCAAAACAGGGGGUGAACCUGAGAAAAAAGAGGUCAUCUUGGAAGAUCACGAUCCUGUCUGGCUUGAGCUCCGCCAUGCGCAUAUAGCAGAUGCUAGCGAACGGUUGCACGACAAGAUGACAAACUUUAUGUCAAAGAAUAAAGCUGCACAACUGCGACAGAGAGAUGGUAAUGAAUUAUCCACAAGAGACUUGCAAAAAAUGGUUCAGGCUUUACCUCAAUACAAUGAACAAAUGGAAAAGCUUACUCUUCAUGUGGAGAUUGCGGGAAAAAUCAACAGAAUCAUCAAAGAAAUGGGACUUCGGGAUCUUGGGCAACUUGAGCAGGAUAUUGUCUUUGGAGAUGCAGGAACAAAAGAAAUUAUCCAUUUCUUGAGGAUGAACCAGGAUGCAACUUGUGAAAAUAAGUUGCGCUUACUGAUGAUUUAUGCCUCUGUUUAUCCUGAGAAGUUUGAUGCUGAUAAAGCUUCAAAGCUUAUGCAGUUAGCUAAAUUAUCACAUGAUGAUGAGAAGGCUAUAAAAAACAUGAGGACGCUUGAGGGAUCGGAUACCACCAGGAAGAAAACAACAGGGGGAUUCUCUCUCAAAUUUGACGCUCAUAAGAGGAAGCAUGCAGCACGGAAAGAUCGGACAGGAGAGGAAGAAACAUGGCAGCUUUUUCGAUUUUAUCCCAUGUUAGAGGAGUUGCUCGAACAACUUAGCAAAGGUGACUUACCAAAGGAUGAGUAUCAGUGUAUGAAUGAUCCAAGUCCAACCACUGGGCGAAGCCAGAGUGCAUCAGUAAGGGGAAAUCAAAAUUCUGCUCCACACUCCAUGAGAUCAAGAAGGACAGCAACAUGGGCAAGGCCACGUGUGUCUGAUGACGGAUAUUCAAGUGAUUCAGUUCUGAGAAGUGCAUCUACUGACUUCAAGAAGAUGGGACAGCGCAUUUUUGUAUUCAUUAUUGGUGGAGCAACUAGAUCUGAGCUACGGGUGUGUCACAAGCUCACAGCAAAGUUGGGGAGGGAAAUUGUCUUUGGUUCAUCUAGUAUUCUUGAUCCAACUGAAUAUCUGACGAAACUGAAGAUGCUGUCAGAAAAGGAACUCUCAAUUGAUGACAUCAAAAUUUAGAUGGUGUAUGGGGAUUUGUAAAUGCUUUUUUCUCACCAUCAACAGCUAAGUUUGGAACUGAGGAAGUAGAUCAAACAAUGACUCGUUGAUUCUUUUGCUGCUUUCCGUGCCUGAACAGCAGAACAUUGAAUUUUUGGAAAAGGCUAGCAUGCAUUCAGUCUACAUGAUUCUAGAAAGUUUAUAUUUGGCCAUAAAGGAGAAAGUUGGUCUGUCACACAUAGCAAUUGGCUGAGCGAUCCGCCUGCUUCUCUUUCAGCUUGAUAUCUCUACUUUCUCUAUACAAUUUGUUAGAAUGCCCCACAGAAAUUAGAGUUGCUUAUUCUUGUCAUAGUAUACGAAAUUGGGCCUGUCUUAUUAUGUAAACAUGUCGAAUGAGUCAAUCUCAAUUAGCAACCUUUGUAUAAGAUGGGCAUUUUGAUAUUUGAUUGUCUUGUCCAUGGUUUUUGGGUUAAAUGAGAAAACAUAUUGCCUUGUAUUAAAUGCAUCAGCAAAUGUUCAAUUUUGAGUUCAGACUCUGAACUAGAAUCUGACUCCUUCAAAUGUAUCAGUAAAUGUUUGAUGCCAUUGGUUCAUGGU